AGAUCGAGUAAAAGAUUCUCGACCCUGCGGGGUUCGGCAGUGCAACGCCUUAUCCAUCCUUAUCGACGCUCCGCACCUGCUGCGGAGAUAAGACGAUAUCCUUCGCCGUACGGGGCCAAUCGACCGCCGCUGUCGGCCCAUCGCCAAGGCCUUCUUAACCCUGUCCAGGCAAGCUCUCCAGGACCCGUCGCGACUCGAUUCCGUUUUGAGUUCUCGAACGAUAUCUUUUGCGUGCUAACACCGAGGGUUAGCCCUGUCCAUAUCGUAUUCCCCGGUCACCAUCAUAUGGAUUAUGGAUUGGAACCCUCGCGCAUGGCUUUCCGAACCCUGAGGCUAUCGCAGAGUCUAGAUGUUCCUUGCAUGGCGUGGGGGAGACCUCGGCGAUGUGAACCGAAUUGUCGGCUCGUCCCAACGAUGGAGCUGAUAAGGGGUCUUGAUAAGUAUCGGACGAAAUCCCAAUCAUGAGCGCUGCUCAUCAAGCUCAGUCGUUUUGUGUGCGGCUGCGAUCUUGCCCCGAUGAUCCACUCUGCACCUCGAUUUUGAACGAACCGCUCCCCGUGGUUUGGGUCGAACUCGGCGAUCCCCUCUUCACGUGUGUCGUGCGUCAUAGUGCAGAUCCUUCAACAGGGGACGGCACUGCAAUCCAACAACCGCCACCCCUCGAAGCUGGUGGCCGAGGGCCAUUAACACCUACUUUCCACUUCUCUCCCGUACUUCACGAAAUUGAAGACAGCAGCUUCGCAAUCAUGACGGAGAAACCUAGCGCGUUCAGGCGCUUCGCCGACAAGCUGGCCGUGGACACGGAGCCCGGGUUGACCAACGCGCAGUUAAUGUUGACGAACGACGAUCUGAAGCCUGUCGAGCCUGAGCGCCGCCAAUGGGGCCCCUGGAACUUUGUCGGCUUUUGGGUCGCCGACUCGUUCAACAUCAAUACGUGGAUGAUCUCGUCCUCCAUGAUCGUCGGCGGCUUGUCGUGGUGGCAGUCAUGGCUUUGCGUUUGGAUUGGCUACGCCAUCUCGGGCUUCUUCAUCUGCCUGACGGGUCGGAUUGGCGCAACUUACCACAUUGGUUUUCCAGUCGUGGCGCGGUCGUCGUUUGGUAUCUGGGGAAGCUUGUGGCCGGUUCUGAACCGAGCUGCAAUGGCAUGCGUUUGGUACGGCGUCCAGGCUUACAUAGGAGGGCAUUGCGUGUAUUUGAUGAUCCGAGCCAUCUGGACGAGCUGGGACCGUAACACGAUCCCGAACACAUUCCCAGAGGGGUCAGGCACCAAGACAGCCGACUACGUCUCUUUCUUCAUCUUCUGGUUCUGCUCGCUCCCUGCGAUUUGGUUCCCAGUCCACAAGGUCCGGCAUUUGUUCACGGUCAAAGCCUACUUUGUCCCUGUCGCGGGCAUUGCCUUUCUCAUCUGGGCUGUGGUGCGGGCAGGCGGCGUCGGGCCCAUCGUUAGACAGCCCGCGACCAUUUCCGGCUCCGCGCUCGCCUGGGAAUUCGUCAAGGGCAUCAUGAGCUCCAUUGCCAACUUUGCCACUCUAAUCGUCAACGACCCCGACUUUUCCCGCUUCGCCAACAAGCCGCGCGCCGCACUCUGGUCGCAGCUGUUCACCAUCCCCAUCGGCUUCGCAUUCACUUCCUUCAUCGGCAUCAUCGUCUCCUCUGCCUCGUCCAUCAUUUACGGAGGCGACCCGAUCUGGGACCCGCUCGUCCUCUUGGAGCGCUUCAUCGACGACGGCGGGUCGGCCCAGCGCUUCGGUGUCUUUGUCAUCGCCGCGGCCUUCUCGCUCGCCCAACUCGGCACCAACAUCGCCGCCAAUUCCGUCUCGGCCGGCACCGACAUGACAGCCUUGCUCCCCCGCUGGCUCAACAUCCGCCGCGGCGGUUACAUCUGCGCCGCCGUCGGCCUCGCCAUGUGCCCCUACAACCUGCUCACCUCGAGCAACCAGUUCACGACAUAUCUGUCGGCCUACAGCGUGUUCCUGUCGUCCAUCGCGGGCGUCAUGAUUUCCGACUACUACUUUGUGCGCCGGGGCUAUCUCGAGGUGAAGGAGCUGUACGACGCGCGCAAGUCCGGGCCUUACUUUUUCUCCUAUGGCAUCAACUGGCGCGCCUAUGCGGCCUACAUUGGGGGGAUAGUCAUCAACGUGGUGGGCUUUGCUGGCGCCGUGGGCACGCCGGUCCCCAUCGGCGCCACGUACGUCUACAACCUCAACUUCUUUUGCGGCUUCAUCGUGUCGGCGGGGCUGUACUGGGGUUUGUGCAAGAUCUCGCCCGUUCCGGCGACCAGUGACAAGUGGAUGGAGGUUGGGGAUGAGAUUAAUGACCUCCGGGUGGCGUACGACAGGCAGAGUGGGAGUCAGGAGUAUGAGGACGAGGUUGUUAUGGAUAGAGCUAAGGAUGCCGGGAAGGUGGUUUAGAGAAGUUGUCGUGGGUUCUUUUUUGCGGUUGGUUUGGAUACCCUUUGGAGAUCUAGAGAAUUGAAGUUGGAUGAUAUGCUGUGAAUUCAAGAGUCGCCUAGUAGACACUACUGGGAAAGAGAUGAGUCUUACUACUGAUGGAUAUGAUCCAUUGUGUAAAUUUCUCCUUUUUAUCCCUAAUGUCCGCGGAAGAAGUGGAUCAUCGGCUUCCAGCUCGUUCCCUUCUUUGCUUUCCCCAGUUUGCUCCUUGCUCUUAUCUCGGUCCCAAUUGCUGGUCCUAUAUCCCAAACCUGGAUCGUCCUGUCAUUUGAUCCUAAGGCUAAGAGAUCCGAGCUGGAGAAG